AUGAUAUUAAAUUUAUUUAGUUUUUAUGGAAAAAUAGAAAAAAUGAUUUAUAUUAAAGAUAAGUCUUCAUGCUUAAUAGAAUAUAAGAAUUUAUAUGAUGCCUAAAUAUCUAAAGAUAACUUAAAUGAUAUUACAUUUAUGAGAAAUUAGAUAAAAGUUUAUUUAAUUUAAAAAUUAAUUCCUGAUAAAAUUUAUAAAUGUUGA